GAAUUCAUAUUCGUUGAGGCGCGCCUUGCGCUUGCUUGGGCGCAUGCUCGGAAAAACGUCACUUCGUUUGGCUUCCUGUUCACAUUGUUUUCAUUCGGAAAGAUGGCAAAAGAAAAAGCUGCCUUGACUUGUGCAGUGGUUUUAUUUAAUAUAGCAGCGUCGUUAGCCUAUGUGGAAGACCUCGAUGACAAGUUUAAAGAUGGUAGGAUGAAUGACGCGUGGCUGGUGAAAUUCUACGCCCCGUGGUGCGGGUAUUGCAAGAAGCUGGAGCCAGUGUGGCAUGAUAUUGGGGCGGAGCUCAAGAGCUCGGGGUCCGUUAUCAAUGUGGGCAGGAUGGAUGCCACAGCAUACUCCAGUGUCGCGUCUGAGUUUGGAGUCCGUGGCUAUCCCACUAUAAAGCUGAUAAAGGGAGACCUGGCCUACAACUACAGAGGGCCCAGGACCAAGGAUGACAUCAUCGAGUUUGCCAACAGGGUGGCGGGGCCUGUGGUGCGCCCUCUCCCCAGUCAGCAGAUGUUUGAGCACGUUGUGACCCAUCACAGCGUGGUCUUCGUCUACAUCGGUGGGGAGUCGCCACUGAAGGAGAAGUACAUCGAGGUGGCCUCCGAGCUGAUUGUGUACACCUACUUCUUCCUGGCCUCAGAGGACGCUUUGCCCAAGACCGUGACUCUGCACGAGAUCCCCACCGUGGCGGUGUUCAAAGAUGGAAGCUACUUCCUGUACGACGAGUACCGGGAUGGCGAUCUGUCGACUUGGGUGAACAGGGAGCGCUUCCUUGGCUAUCUGAACAUCGAUGGGUUCAUCCUGUAUGAGCUCGGAGAAACAGGGAAGCUCGUGGCCAUAUCAGUUGUCGAUGAGAAGAAUCCAACAGAAGAAGGCUCCAGGUACAAGACGCUAAUUCAUAGGUUAGCGACCGAAUACAGAGAUCAUUACAGCAGGGACUUCCAGUUCGGACACAUGGACGGGAACGCCUACAUCAACAGCCUGAUUAUGGGUGAGGUGGCCGUGCCCUCCAUCAUCGUGCUGAACACGUCCAACGACCAGUACUUCCUGCCCGAGGAGCCGGUGGAGACCAUGGAACAGCUCCUCCUCUUCAUCAGCGGCGUGCUGGACGGCAGCGCCAAGGCGCAAGGCGGGGACAGCAUUCUCCAGCGCGCCAAGAGGAUUGCGUAUGACGCCAGGUCCACCGUGAUGUCGGUGUUCCGCAGCUCCCCCCUGCUGGGCUGCUUCCUGUUCGGCCUGCCGCUGGGCAUCAUCAGCCUGAUGUGCUACGGCAUGUGCACCGCCGAGCCGGACGAGGACCCGCGGCUGCUCCGGAGCGAGGCGCUCGCCCAAAACCAGGCCAACCAGGAAGAGGAGGACGCCCACACGGGCCCGACGGGCUCCGGGGAGGAGGAGGAGGAGGAGGAGGGAGAGGACGAGGAGGAGGGAAGGAGGGAGAGGGAGAGGGAGAGGGGGAGGAGGGGGGAGAGGGAGAGGGAGAGGGAGAGGAGGAGGAGGGAGGAGAGGGAGAUGUACAGGACGAAGAAGAGGAGGAGGAGGAAGAGGAGGAUCAGCAGGAGGUGAAGAGUUCGGUGGACAAGAAGGUCGAUUAGCGGUUGAAGAAAUAUCUAUCUCCCUUUUUUUCUUCUUAAUUUUCCCCCUCCUUCCUAAGACCCUCCCAGCCUAAGAUCGUGUUGUUUUUUCAUUUUUCUGAACACUUUUUGAGGCGGCGGCGAUGACGGUGUUCAGCCUCGGAGAUGAAAUGAACAAGAGAGAGGCGACUGUUACUGACGGCGGGGGUGGGGGGUGGGGGGGGUGAGGAGUGUAUGUAAACGGUGAGGCGUGGGGGAUACGGUAACGCUAACAGGAGCGGGAGGUCUGUGUGUGUUUGGGAAAGUUGGGGGUGGGGGGAUGGUGGUGUGUGUCUUUGGAACUUUGGAGACUUUGAUUAUCGUUUUUAACUGGAGGCAAUGCAGGCUCGGGUUGUACCAUUGUCGUGCGGGCCACAGGGGUGUCCAGGAUUAAGUCCACCUUAUGAGCUCAUUGUGUCUGUAUUCCCCCCCCUUUCCUCCAGGGCUUUAACUCGCAUGUUUGGCAGAUUGUUUCUGUGAAACACGCCGGGCUCUCGUGGUUCAGAAAGACUUGAGAUCACCGAAUCCUGGCUCUCGCACGACCGACAAAACCACACCGCAGGGUCAACUUGCCCACCGCUCCAGUUCUUCUUACUCAGUUCUUACUCCACUGUAUUGUGAGUCAGAUUCUCCCCUAGUGGGAUUGCUUUGAGGGGAAGGCAGAAACAGUGUUCUUUGUGGGUGUGUUUUUUUUUCGGUCUUUUUUGUGUUGUUUCUGUUUGAAGGUGAGUGUUUGGACAGCGCUGCAUUUUAACAGAACAUCUCUUUUUUUGUGUAUUUGCUGGUUAAACUGACGUUUUGGCUCUCCUUAUAAACGCCUCAGUUACUGUACGAGAGAGGGCUAAGGAGAUGUCAUUCAUGGCUUUUUUUAUGAGAAUAAUGGACUCUUUAAAAGAAAGACCUUCUAGUCUUUUCCCAUAAUGAACAGAGUCACAAUACAAAUAAACAAUAUUAAAAUAAAUACUGUAU